UUUUCUAGGAGCCGCUGUCCUCCCACACGGGUACAAUCCAGCAGAGGGGGUUAUGCGCGUAAAGAAAAGACCUCACGUCACGUGACCACCUCUGACUCCAAACCCACCAUCCGAGAGGAAUAACGGCACAUAUUUAUACGAGCAGCGGCCUAUUUGAUUCCUUUCACCUGCGUCUUUUUUAAAGCUAGAGAAACCCAUAAGAUGCAGACUAAACGAGCAGAAGGAUUCUAGCGUCGUCCUCGGACUGAACGGGAGUUUGGAUUUUAAGGCAGCUGAUAGCAAAGUUUGUGCAUCUGAUUACGAGAGUGGGAGAAGUCUGAGCAGCAAUCAUGGCUGAGAACAACUUUCCUCCCCUUCCAAGGUUCAUCCCCCUCAAGCCAUGUUUUUAUCAGGACUUCAAUGAAAUCCCAGACCAGCGGCGCACCAUGUGCAAGAGGCUUUACUACCUCUGGAUCUUGAACUCUGCCACGCUCGCUGUUAAUCUGAUUGGCUGCCUGGCCUGGAUGUGUGGAGGUGGAGGAGCCACCAACUUCGGCAUGGCCUUCCUCUGGCUCAUCCUCUUCACUCCUUGUUCCUACGUGUGCUGGUUUAGGCCCAUCUACAAGGCAUUCAAGACCGACAGCUCAUUCAACUUCAUGGCUUUCUUCUUCGUCUUCAUGGCUCAGGUGGUGAUAAGCAUCAUCCAAACCGUUGGUAUACCAGGGUGGGGCGUCUGCGGCUGGCUGGCUACCAUCACCUUCUUCAGCACCAACAUAGGCUCAGCUGUUGUGAUGCUGAUUCCCACCAUCAUGUUUACUGCAGUGGCCGUGCUCUCCUUCAUUGCUCUCACAAAGGUUCAUAACUUCUAUCGUGGAAGUGGUGGGAGUCUAGGUAAAGCCCAGGAGGAGUGGGCCACGGGGGCCUGGAAGAACCCACAUGUCCAACAAGCAGCCCAGCAGGCGGCGAUGGGGGCCGCACAAGGGGCCAUACAGCAGAAUCAGUACUCAGCAGCUCCCACCUACAACUACGACGACCCGAUGUAGGACAAGAGGAGGGGGUCAGACAGCAGAGUGGGAGAGCUAAAAAGGGAUCAAUUAACAAACACAACCAGAAUUAGGUGCCCUUCAUAUUAUCACAGUACAAGCUGAAUUUAAACAGAAAGUGAGGGGGAAAGAGAUGGAAAUGUGCUUUUGAUGACAUUUGACUUAUAGGAUUAAAUGAUUUACUGAAAUUUGAGGUAGGAUAAAAUAACGAGCUGAUUCUCACUUAAAUCAACAAACAGUUGUCAAAACAAGCUGCCGUUUCGCUGCUUUGUUUAGCUCCCUGAUGUGUUUAUUUCUGAUAUUACACAACUAUAACUAUUCCUUCAGCGCCAUCAAUUCCUUCAGGUUCAUUUGUGUGUCUUUUGAUACAUCCCGCUUCUCAGUUUAAAAACCUUUAAGGUGCUGGAACAGCCACGUCGUUCAAAGUGUUUUCUUGUUGCUUUGACGCUCACAAAAUGGCUACUAGGUCACAUAAACGCGUGUCAAGAAAACCUUUAAGAAUAACCUCCCACUCUAGGAAUAGUUUGCCUUUUCUUCAACUCAGAGUUUUCCAGUUUUUUGAUAGAUGGUAACUGCUUCCUCUAGCAGCUGGUUAUAUUGUCUGGUUCUGGUUCUUUACGCUUGUUUCAUUUCUUGAUGCUAAGCUAAGCUGCUAGUGAUCGUUUCGUAUUCAUUCAACAAUCAUGCUGACAAUAAAAAUUGUGAUUCUGACCACUUCCUAAAGUUUAGGGAAUAUUAAAGCGUACGUUUAAUUGCUGUAAUUACUUAGAAUCAUUAAGUUUAUUAUUGAGUGUGUUUUUCAUUAAAAAAAAGUUAGCAUUAGCAGUUUUGGUUAGGGUUAAGAUUUUGGUUUAGAUUAGUUUUUUUUUUACAUUCUCAGGAAAAAAAUGUGUUUUAAGCCCUUAAAAUGUCAACGGUUUUGUCUUGUUUGCUUCUUUUUAUCUACUAAAAUGUUUUUUUUUCUCCAUUCAUUUUUAAAAGCAGGCAAAUUUCUUUCCUUUUGUAAUAUUUCAUUUUUAAAUUGAAGCACACACAGCAUUUAGGGAUUCAUAUUGAUUGGAAAAACAUUCAGAAUCAGUGUUGUAAAAGUGAAAAUGCAACAGAAAACCAAAACAGCUGCAGGUCGGACAAACAGUAAAUAAUAUUUGUUGUCGAUGGUUGAAGCUUUACGUUGCGUGAUGGGUGUUUCCCGUUCCCUUUGGAAUAUUCUCCCAGGCCCCCCUUUAAUGUAAAUGCUUCAACUUGUCUCUGAAGUUCUGAACUCCAGGACUUAUAGUGUGUCAUUUUGUGGCUGUUGGUGUCCACGAAUCAACGUAAUAUUAAAAGAAAAUAGAAUAUUCAAUUGAAGGCAGUUAUGUUGUUUACAGAGUGAAAUUUAACAAGAGGACAAAUACUGUAUGUGAGGCCUGAUGUGAGUUUUUAGAGCCGUGUUGAUUUCAGACAGAAGACUUUUGGUCUUUUUUGAGAAUUUCCUAGUCCUCCAGUAGAUGGUUACUGCAGUAAAGUACAGUAUUAGGCUUGAAACUGAUGUGAAAAUACGUAUCUGAAUGCUCAUUCGUUCUAAAUUGUGAGUCGUCUUGUCUGACUGUGAUGAUGUUGUAUUCUAUUGGCUGUUUCUUGUUUAACUUUUUGGUUUUAUUUGCUCAGUUCUAAAGCGACAUAUAUGUUUUCCCGUGCAAUAAUGUGUGGGUGAGACUGAGGCACGUGUUUGUUGUGUCUCUUCAUGGCUGUGGUGAAGUUGUUUAAGUUCUAACUCUUUUUGAGGAUUUCACUGAGUGUUUGUACUGGGUUUCCCUCGUCGAUAUUCAGUUCGAACAAAAAUUCGGAGUGAAUUCACGGUGCAGCAAUACUCACAUUAUUACAGAGUCGUGUUCAGCCCAGACAAGGUAACAGUGACUAGUUUGGAGCAUUUGAAGUUAGUUUCUGCAGAAACAAAAAUCACAAAUAGUAUCUCACCCUGAGUGAACUCAGUUUAAAGAAAUAAUUUUAUUUCUGAUCAGUUUGACAAGCUAACGGCUAGUCUAAAGGAGGCUAAGAAUAAAGGGGAUCUCUACCGUCAUAAUACAGUCUGAAUCUCAAGUGCAAUUUUAUAGUAGGCCCUGUGAACAGAGUUUUAUAAAACUUUACAUCCCCACUAGUUUCACAUUAUUACAUUAGCAAAUUAGCAGCAGUGGCUAAGUGUAGCACUUCCUGUGGUGCCUGGACACAACCAGCAAGAACGUGAAAUUAUUUCUGCUAGAAUAAUAAUUUAGGCUAAAAAUGAGAGCUUUCUGAUUAACCUCAGCUUGGAGAAACAGGGUGAUCAAAUAGACAAGCUAAUGGCUAAUCUAACAGACCCCAGACCGGAGUGAUUUACUACUAGAAUAAACGUUUUGCUCUCAGACUUGUUCGUUACCUGGAGAGUGUUGCAAAGCAAUUCCCCGCCAGGACAACAGAGGGCGUAUCGCUUUUCUGUGGCAUCAUGGCACCUUUGCUGUCAUGUAUACGGUCCACGGUAGUUAUUUAUUACCGUGUUAACAUAAUUCAGAGACUUAAUAAUACAGACACAUUUUUCUUCAUUCUCCUCCACCUUUUCAUGGAGCGCCACCUCUAAACCAUGCUCUAAAUCUGUUUUGUGUCUGCCACUAAAUAUCUUUUUACUUUUUACCGGACGCAAUGGUGGCGCUGUUGACAAAUUUACAGGAAGCUGCGUCUUGACCAAUCACAAGCUUGAAGUAUAAAUCAGGCUGAAGUCCCAACAGAGUGGCCCGCCAGGCUGAAACUGCAAAUACAAUAUUCUGGCCACAGAGGCCGGUGGGGGUCUGAGUGACAUUUCAUUAACCCUCUAAAGCAGGGGCGGGGAACCCUGGUCCAUCGAGGGCCACUAUCCAGCAUAUUUUAGUUUCAACCCGGCUUCAACACACCUGAUUUCAGUCAGCAGGUGAUUAACAGGCUUCUGCAGAGCUUGAUGAGCUGCUGCACAGGUGAAUCAACCACUGAAUCAGAAGUGUUGGAAUAAAGACAUGCAGGACACCGGCCCUCGAGGACCAGGGUUCCCCACGCCUGCUCUAAAGGGUCACUUUAGCACAUACUGGGUCAAGAAAAUGGUUUGAAAAUAUGUAAAGUUGCAAAGUAUGGCUUUAAGGUGGCAGUGAUUCACUUUGAUAUUUGCCCCACUCACACUAGCUGUUAACUUGUCAAUCCAGUGCAAAUAUAACUUUGUCUUCCCAAAAUUAAGCUAUUUAAACAACUAUUUACAACUAGUAAUAUGUUAAGUCUUCAUAACUGUUCCACAGAACCCCACUUUAAAGACUAAAUCUUUAACAUUUGAGUGUUUCACUGUUAGAAAAUAAAAGAAAAGGUUGAUUUCGAGCUGGAGUUUUAAUUAAAAGCUGCGUUAACAUUUUCACCAGCAGAUAGAUACAGUAGAUAGUCUGUAAACAUCACCACACGUGCAUUCAUCUGCACAUCUGAUUCUUUUUAUGCAUUUAGCGGGAAGCAUAUUGCACAUAAAUACACACUUGAUGGAAUUAUUGAAAGUUACAGCUGUGUGUUUAACGUGUAGCAGGAGCUGAAGCUAACCGGAAAGCCAUGACUUCUUUCCAUGUUCACACAUGUACUGUACUGUAUGUUGUAUGAAAUGUAUUAUCAUGUACUAUAUCAUAAGUAGGUAUGAAUAUAUAAUUACAUGAGGUGAUAUAAUCUUUGCCAUGGAUAAACACAUUCAAUAGGAACAUGCUGUAUUUCGGUGAAAUAAAUGUUUGAAGGGCGCCGUGACUCCAUAAGUGACGUAAAUGAGAAAUACAUUUUUGUGUAUUACUUUUGUAUUAUUUGUUCUUAUCCUAAUAGAUAAUAAAUAGUUCUUGUUGCA